CAAUGUCAAUCUCUGCUUUCCUCUGCUCAUUUUGGUCCCUUGAUUCGGAUGAAGUCAAACAAAUUUCAACCGCCAUUUUCUUAGUCUCCGUCGUCACUUUUGCUCUUUUCUGGUUCCGAUCAAAAGUCCGGCGUCCCUCUUUGCCUCCGGGCCCCCGUGGCCUGCCGCUGGUCGGAUACCUUCCAUUUUUAUUGCGAAAUAUCCACCGCACAUUCGCCGAUUUGGCCGAAAUCUACGGCGCUGUUUUCAAGCUCAGGAUCGGAAACAAGCUGUGCGUCGUUCUUAACUCCCCUUCCUCCAUCAAUGAAGCCUUCCGCCACCACGAAACUGUCUUCCCCAACCGAGAUACCACCGUUUGUGCUCUUCUCUGCAGCUACGACGGCUCCGGCAUUGUCUUCACCCAGGACGGCGACGAUUGGAAGAAGCUGAGGAAAAUCUUCGUCCGGAAAAUGCUUAGCAAAUCAUUUCUCGAUGCGUCUUAUUCUGUCCGAAGACAAGAGGUGAGAAAAGUGAUUAAAGGCGUGUUUGAAUCGGCCGGAACCCCAAUAGACAUCGGCAAAGUGGGUUUCCUUGCUACUAUGAAAUCGGUUUUGGCAAUGACAUGGGGCGACUCCGGGCGGCUGAUCGGAGAGGAUGGGAUUGAUUUGGAUGUUAAGUUCAGGGCAGUGAUGGAUGAACUGGCGGUGCUGCUUGGAACUCCUAAUUUGUCGGAUAUUUUCCCGAUAUUGGGUUGGUUUGAUUUGCAGGGAAUUGCGAGUAGAACGAAGAAGGCGAUGCGUGUUUGUGAUGAGAUUCUGAAUACCGCCAUUGAAGAACAGAGGAAGACGGGAGGAAAUGGUGUGGUAAAGGGAGGAUAUUUGCAGUUGCUGUUAGAGCUCGAGGACGACCAAGAUAAUUCAAACCCCAUUACAGAUGACCAACUCAAGGCCUUGCUAUUGGACAUGGUCAUUGGUGGAACCAAAACAACAGUGACAACAAUUGAGUGGGCGAUGGCGGAGCUAAUGCAGCAUCCAAACACAAUGAAGAAAGUGAAAGAAGAGCUAAGAGAAGUGGUGGGUUUAGACGCAGCAGCAGAAGAAUCUCACAUGCCCAAAUUAAGCUUUCUAAAUGCAGUGGUCAAAGAGACGAUUCGUUUACACCCACCUAUAUUUCUCUUGGUGCCUCGUAGCCUCACCAGCACAAUCACCCUUGAGGGCUACUCCAUCCCAAAGGGUUCCGCCAUGUAUUGCAACAUUUGGGCCAUUCUAAGAGACCCUAAAGUUUGGGAGAACCCCUUAAAGUUCAUGCCAGAAAGGUUCUUGAAUGAAGGUGGUGGGAAAUACGAGCUUGGUGGGAGUGCCAUGGAGUUCAGCCCGUUUGGAUAUGGCAAGAGGUCAUGUCCAGGGAUCCCUUUGGCUGAGAGGAUGUUGAUGCUCAUAUUGGCGUCGUUGUUGCAUGCUUUUGAGUGGGAAUUGCCUCAACAUUCAGUGCUUGAUUUCGAUGAGAAGUUUGGAGUUGUCAACAAGAAGUUGAACCCUUUGGUUGCUAUUCCUACGCCAAGGCUAUCCAAUUUGGACCUCUAUUUGGUUUGA